UGAUGAAAUAAAGGUCUGCCGAGCAAUAAGAAUAUGUGACAAAACUUUACGAAAGCUGAAAAAGAGGAGAAACAAAGAAUGAGCGAAAUUUGCAUCGAAACGGACGAAAACACCACAUAAUGCCAAAUUUAAGUUUUACACGAAUACACUUCUGCUCAAAAUUUCGUUUCCUAUGACACUUAGUUGGAUAUGAUGAAAUAGUAUAGAAAAAUGCAGUUUCAUUUUCUCUAUCUUUCUGUAAAAAAAGAAUUUCGUCAUAAGCAAUUAAUGAGGAAAUAAGAUAGGACGACAUUACUUUUGGAUACCCCUAAGUAUUAUCAAUAAUAUUCAUAAUCAAUUGCGUGAUGUUCUUGGGGAUUCCACUGUACAAUCGAUUGGAUUUCAAGUUAAUCGUUUAUGAAAUACCUUAUUAACAGGCGAAGACUUUAGGGCAAGAACAUCAAGUGAACCAAAUGAUAAUGAAAAAUCAAGUGAAGCAAAUGAUGAUGAAACAGCACGUGAAGCAAGUGACAUAGUCAGCAUUAAGAUCAAUAUCAUGGCAUUGAGUUACUUAAUUGUGGCUAAUCAGUCUACUGUCAUCAAUGGUCUUGCUGUGGCUUUACGCAUUGUUAUACAAGAAUCAAUGAAAAUGGCAGAAGACGCAAGUGUAUUGAAUUCCUUGUCUCAAUUGUCAUCAACAUGUCGAAUCUUACGUCAUAUGUUGUGGUCACGUCAAUCGUCAUUGUGGAGUUAUUUAAUUCAUCUGAAAUUUCAUUCAUCUAUUCUUUAUCAAUCAAUAAGAGCUUUAUUCGAUCAAGAUGAAGAUGAAGAUGCAAUCAUUGCUGAGAAUAAUCGAUUUUCUCAAAGACUUUUAUCUGAUAUCGAAGCAUAUGAAGUUCUGCACGAAAAGUUUUUCAAACCGGGACAGUAUCGAUUUUGGCAUGUUUAUUUUACUUUAGCAGAAAAAGAGAAACGUGGUUUUUUUGCCUUGAGACGAUUUAUAUUUCCAAAUUCUAUGCCCUUGCUGAAUUAUCCGGUUCCAUUAUCAUCGAAAUUAUUUCGUUUGUACUAUUAUCGAUUAAACAAGAAAAGUAUCUUAGCACCGAUUGGUGCAAUUAUCUAUGGUUAUCUAAUUGAUUCUCAUCGUUGUCUAUCUGUUAGUGAUAUGUUCUAUCGAAAUAGUACAAUGCCCAAAGAUGAACAAAGAUCAAUGAAGAUUGACAAUGAUGGCGGUGUUUCUAUUAUAAGAUUUUAUGAAUCAGCGAUUUCUCCUUUUAUGACAUAUCUCUUUUUCGAUAAAAUUCCUCUAUGGGCCGAUUUACUUCCAGGUCGUUACAAUUUAACAUGUCAAAUGAGAUUACGAUGUAAUGUAAGAGAACUUUUUGUCAUUGAUUUUUUAAAUGUUCAAUUUCGAUCAGAAUUGAAGAAAAAAGAAAAUCCUAUUAAACAAAUUAUUCUUUUAGUUUAUCGAUAA